UGUGCCAUUACGCACUGAGCUCGUGCCAGAUGAGGAGUACCAGAGCCUCGGAGGAGACUGUCCGGUACUGUAGCUCAGGCUGGUUCGGAGCUUUUUGAGAUGGGCGGUGCUGACGGUCCAAACGGCACCGGGGCGUCUCCAGCCCCGGACUAUGAAUGGAGAUAUGAAUACUAUGACGACGAGGAGCCGGUGUCUUUUGAAGGACUCAAGGCGCACCACUACUCUAUAGUGAUCGGCUUCUGGGUCGGCCUGGCUGUCUUUGUCGUCUUUAUGUUUUUCCUUCUCACGCUUCUGACCAAGACCGGAGCUCCACAUCCUGACAACAGUCGACAGCCAUGUGAGAAGCGGCCCCAUGUGAUUGGCUACAUGGACACCAACCUCGACACUGGAGCCCUUUCUCCUCGCCCUAGUGCUCUGGACUCGUCCGGCUCUCUCUUUCAGUGCUUUGUGUCCAACGAGGGUCAGCUGAACUCCAGAGCAGGUAGUGUGGGUGGCUGCCUCAGGAGGCCCAGCAGCAGUCUGGAGCUGGGGGACGGUACAGUCCUGCAGGAGUUGGCAGUGCUGGCCCACUUCAACCUUCCUAACUGUGUGGACUCUGAGCAGAGCUCAGCUGUAGGGGAGGACGACAUGCUCCUGGGGGAGCCAGAGCUUCCAAUCACUGGGGAGGGAUCAGAGCAGCAGGAAUGA